ACCACAGAAUUGGCAAAGAAAGACUGCAAGAGCCCUAAAGCAGAAACAUAAAAGGCCACGGAAGGAAAUCAGAUAAAUAUUUGCUAUUACCCUGAGCUGCACCUGCUGACAUAGUAAUUACACCUUUUAAAGUUCUCUUUUUGAUGGCGUUGGUUGGCAUGUUUUUUUGCCAAUUGAAUCAUGGAAUCACCUGUAAUGAUCCUUAAAAGUGUGGCUGUUUCUAAUGUGCAAUUUCUCCUCUCUAGAGUAAAAGAGAAACUUUUACUCUUUUUUUUUUUUUUUUUUUUUUUUUAGCAAAAAGGCUUAUCUGUGAAUAAUGCCCCAGACUCCAAGAGUUUUGUUCUCUGUGUCAUCAACCAAGUUUCCAUAGGCUUCUACAAGUUUCAGUAGCUUUUUGAAGAGACUGUCUUCUAUUAUUUAUGUAGUUGAAGUGCGAAACAAACUGAAGGUUUGAAUUAAAAUAUUACUUCUCUUUUUCACCUAGGUCUGUCAGCUCUACAGCACAUAAACUGGGCUAUUUUUCAAUACAAGAUGAAUACAGGAGAGAAAACAGUUUUCCAAGAAUUCCUGACACACCAGGGAACUGUGGUAAAGACCUGCUGCUGGCAGAGGCAGACCCACAUGUGUGCCAAGUGUCCCUACCACAUAUGGACAGGGGAAGAAGCCAGAUUCCCAUACAGGGAAUUCCACAGGGUCUUUGGCUUUCCACACAGACCCCCCAGCGACUCCCCAAAACCUUCUCUUCUAUGAGCUGAGGAGGCUGUUCUGUUCAAGGUGGGCACUUACCUGGAUGCAGCCACAGCCACCUGUGCAAGCCUCAGCUGCAUCACCCUCUACUUCAAUUUCUCACCCCGCAAGGAGGCUCAACACCUCUGUGUGAGAAAAAUGUUCAGCUUCCUGCUGAGGCACCCCCACACCUCGCUCUGCAUCGAAGGAGGGGCAUGGCCAUACCUGCUCUGCCACUUUGUGUGUCACCCAGCUCUGCCAGCAGGUACACAAAACUGACAUCAAAUUAACCUAGCAGGAAUUAAAAUAUAUUUUAGGACAGCCUUUCCCCAGGGAAUGCAGAGGAACCCAGCUGGACAGCAGAAUUUAAAGGCUUUUUCCUCUCUCAGUCAAGCCUUCUAACAGCCUUUCCCAGCCAUGGAAGGCAGUCUGCUUCCUCUGAUGUCUCCAAGCCAAGAAGGGUUUUUCCCAGGUGUAUUUCUGCCCUCUCAGGGGGAACAGCUAUAUCCCAGACCCAUAAAUAUUGUAAGGCAUCUAAAAAUGCCAAAGAAAUUUAAUUCAGUGGAAGUCCUCAUUCUGGAGUGUUUCCCUAUGCUCUGA